AUGUCUUCUCCCGUUGAAUCACAUCAGAUAUCCAUUCCCCAAUCUCGAAUUCGUGAAUUGAACACCAAGCUCGAUCAUGCGAGAUUCCCGGAUGAAUUGGACGCGGCGGAAUGGGACAUGGGAGCACCGCUUGUCGAUAUUCAGAGAUUGACUAAAUUCUUGCGUCAAGACUUCAACUGGCGCGAAGCAGAGGAGAAACUAAAUCAACUCCCCCAUUUUGUCACGUCGAUCCAGUGCGAAGGUUAUGAAAGGCUAAAAAUCCAUUUCCUGCACAAGAAGUCGAGUGUAAAGGGAGCAAUCCCACUGCUCUUCGUUCAUGGCCGGCCUGGAAGCUAUCUCGGGGUUACAAAAGUGAUCGGUCCUCUAACCUCGGAGAGCAGUGUCGCAUUUGAUGUGGUUGCCUCGUCUCUGCCUAAUUAUGGCUUCUCGGAGGGAACCAAGAAACGAGGAUUCUCGAUUGAGCAGUAUGCAGAGACACUGCAUAAACUCAUGAUGCGCUUGGGUUACAAUCAAUACGUCACCCAGGGCGGUGAUUGGGGAUACUACAUUACGCGAGCAAUAUCUUUGCUCUACCCCGAUCACUGCAAAGCCACGCACUUCAACAUGGACGUGGGCACGAAACCAGCACUCCUCAAGAACCCGCUGCUUGCUCUCGAGGCUGCCUUCCGGCCCUUGUCACCCAGAGAAAAGCAAGGACUCCCACGCAACGAAUGGUUCGACAAAGAAGGCUUCGGAUAUAACCUGCUCCAGUCCACGACACCACAGACUCUAGGCUACGCGUUGGCCGACAGCCCUGUGGCUCUCCUAUCCUGGAUUUACGAGAAACUUCACAAUUGGACCGACGAGGAGAUCUGCACUUGGGUCAGCAUCUACUGGUUCAGCACCGCCGGUCCUGCUGCGAGUUGUAGGAUAUAUUAUGAAAUAGGCCGUAAUGGACCAUGGGGAACCAGAAUCAGUAGAGAAAAGAUCCGAGAGUGGCAAUCCCGGGUCAAGAUUGGUAGUAGCCAUUUCCCCCGCGAUAUUCACGUUCUUCCAAGUACGUGGACGAGGACGGUAGGACAGUGUGUUUUCGAGAAGGAGCAUGCGUCGGGUGGUCACUUUGCGGCAUGGGAGCGCCCGAUGGACAUUGUGGCGGAUGUGAGGGAGAUGUUUAGCAAGGGAGGUGGCGCAUAUGGUGUUGUAAAGGGUAGGCAUGGGCACUGA